AUGCAUUACUCUUUAUCUUUUUCCCUUUGCUUGGCCAGUAUCGCUGGCCUUGCUGUUCUUACCGAUGCUUCCCCUCUCGAGAAGCGUUACACUUCGCCCACCACACCGUUCGAUGGAUGUCUCUACAGAGUCCCCAAAGUGGGAAACUUCACCUCUCACGUUGCCGUGAGCAGUUGGAAAACACUUCCCUCCACUCUCAAAGCAACAGACCGCAACGGAGGCCCGUACGGCGUACACUGGAUGCCCUCGCUCGUUGGUGUCGAUUCUACCGACGGCAGUCUCACGUUGACUGUACCUGGGGGCCAACAAUCGUGCACCGAAGCCAACCCAUGCGGAAGUGCUCAAAUCACCACCGCCGCCAACGAUGUCAUGUACGGAAGCAUGCGAACUGUAGCAAGGACUCCUAACGUUUGGGGCACCGUCAGCGCUUUUUUCAUGUACAGCGACGACAACAACGAGUCGGACAUCGAGAUCCAGACAGGAGAUCCCACGCACGCUCACUGGACCAAUCAGGAUUGGUAUGGCUCCAACGGAUUGACCAAUGCCAGUGUCGUGGCAAACACGUCUGCUGCUUACCAUGAGUAUCGCAUCGACUGGGUGCCCGGAAGAACUGAUUACUAUGUCGAUGGCAAGCUCUUGCAAAGCUACACCAAGUUUGUGCCCAGAACAGCGGGAGCCUGGAUGUGGAACUCUUGGACUAACAACGGAUCUUGGACGCUUGGUCCUCCUACUAAGGACGCUGUGUUGCAUAUCAAGUCGAUUGAUGUGUACUUCAACCGCACGAGUAUCACUGGCUGUGGAAGCGCAUAA